AUGAGUGCUAGUACUACAAAAAAGAAGUUGAACAUAAAUUCUCAACCUUUUAAUAUUGAAUAAACUGAAAAGCAACCUCAUCCUUCUCUUGUACAUACAUCAAAGCCUUAUCAACCCAAAAAUGAAAUUCAAGAAUAUUUCCCGUAAAAGAGUUAUACUCCUUUUGAUGAGCUGGCUCCUGAUUUCAACUAUCAUAAGUCCACUUAGCAUUAAUAAGAACCUGCUUAAGUCGCCAACUUAACUCAAGGAGCCAAAGAAAAAAAAAAACUUAGAAAGACUCAUUAUGAAUUUUAAGUCGACCCUAAUUUAGCAGAGAAGGUACCUUUUUAGAUUAACUUAAAAGAUUGAUUAAAAAAGCAAAGAGGAAUUGGAAUAGCAGAAACUAGAAGAAUAAAGGAAAUUGGAGGAGGAGAAAUUAAAAUUAGAAUAAGAAGAGCUUCGAAGAUAAGAAGAGUUACUCAAGUUGGAAGAGUUAAGAAAAUAAUAAGAAGAGAAUCGCCAACCAAGACCAUACACAAAAGAGUAGCUUGAAUCCAUGUUUGCAAACUUGAAUGAUUUUUAAUAUUUUGAAAGUGACAAUAAUUGGAUCAAAAUCAAGGAUAGAAAACAUUUUGAUUAUAAAGAAUUCAAACGGUACGAACAAAGAAAAGACAGCAAAAUCCCAACCCAAAAGAAGGAUACCAAAACAGAAAUCCAAUUGGAUAGACAACCAGUGCAAUAGAAUGAGCCCCUGUAAAAAUUUCCGAAAAGAGCUCAAAUCUCUAUUUAAGAAUAACUCUGGAAGGAUAAAUUGAAAUAAGAAGCUUAUGCUUGGUCUUAGAUUCUUGACUCCACUCCUGAAUAAAAGAAAGCCAUCGAAAAGGAUCUCAAGUAUAGGCUGAAUCAAUUGGCUCCAGAUAAUGAAGGCCAAGUUUCCAAAUACAUUAUUGAAAUCAUUGAAUAAAAGUAUACCUCCUUUAAUAUUUAUUAGCUAAGAUUUCAUAGACUUUCUGACUGAAAAAAUAAUUGAAAAAGCCCAGAUUGAACCGAAGUACAGGGGACUCUACAUCAAUUUAUGUUCCAAAUUGGCUACUCUACCCUCUUUGCAAUUGAAGGUUCAAGAUAAAAAUGGCAAGACAAAACAACAAUCCAAAUUCAAAGCGUCUCUAUUGAAUAGAGUCUAGAAAAUGUUCAACAGUAGAAAGACAAUGGAUUAUGACACCUCUAAACUGAAACCAGAAGAAAAGAUAUAGUUCCACAUGAUGAGAAAGAAGAAGAUUAUGGGAAGUAUGACAGAUAUAUUAUCCUAUAGAUGUUAGAUUCAUUGGUGGAUUAUAUUUAACUUCAUUAUUACCUAUACAAGCCUUAUCCAGUGUAUUGUCAGAAUUAAUAGGAGAGUACCUUAUUGGUUAUGUGCCCAAUGGAGACACUGCUGAUGAGUCUUUGGAAGGAUUGAUUGAACUUAUAGAUCAAAGUAAUUUUCAGAAUAUAUAAAUUAGUUGGUCAAAGUUUUAAUUAGAACGAAAGAAUAACUGAUGAAGCAUUUAUUACUAAAAUUGGGUAGACUCUGAAUGGAUAGAAAAAGUCACUUGAUUAGAUUGAAGGCCUAUUUAAGGAUAUAAAAAAACAGACAGUUUUAGAUUUGAUGUAGAAAGUCUUUGAGAAACUUUUGGAGAAUUAUCAUUUUUCUUAAAGAAUCAGAUUGCUCAUUGAGAAUUUAUUAGAUAAAAUUAAAAAAGGCUGGCAAGGAUCAUAUGCUAAAAAGGAAGAAUUGGCAGAAAGUGCCUAAAACAAUAAUGAACAAGAAGAAGAUGAUCCAUUGGAACUGCAAUUGAGAGAGGCUAGACAAAACUCAGCAAAGAAGGAGAAUUCAUCCAAUGAGCUGGAUUAGAAAAUAAGAGCAAAAGAUAUAGCCAUGUUUGUGAGUAGUUCAUUUUAAUUUGACCCAGUUAAUUAGAUGGAUAAAUUAAGAGGCUAGUUAAAGUAUAUCAAACUUGAAGCCCCUGAAUUAAUGAAAGUCUUCUUUGAAACCUUCUUUUAGAACAUGUUAGCUUGUAUUUCUUUAUAACAUAUUCACUUUAGCAAAAUAAGUCAAACAGAAUAUUGAGAGAGCCCAAUUAGUAUUCGAUUUAUUAGUUAUGGAAGAAGCAGAUGAAGAUGUGGUCUCAAAGGCACUUCAAGAUGUAAUUCUUAUAUUCAUAUCUUAAGGUUUUGGAUGAAGAUUUAGUCUACAACAUCAGUGAAUCUAACACAUCUUGGAAAUUAAUUACCAAUAUAUUGUCUUACUUUAUUCUUGAAUAAAAUUGGAAUGCAUUGAAGAAGCUUUGUCUAAAGCCUCUUCUUGAUAUCGAAGAGUUUAAUGAAUUUUUGAUUAGAGUAGGAAAUCAACUAAUCAUCUAAAUCCCAGAUUAAUCAGGUAGAGAGUUGAUUAUCAAGUAUUUUAAUAUGCUCAAACAAGAUCUGGGCACUUAAUUAAAUUUUGAUUGAAAUAUGUUUCCUAUAUAUCAUUUAAGAUUGC